AUUUGCCUUCUGCUCAGGACAAAGCUGAAGGCAGUUUCGUGUCUACUGCAACUGCUGCUCUGCAAAGACAUAGCUGCAACCAAGACUUAGAGGAUGGAGCAAGAGUGGGUGAAUGAGGAGAGGGGGGACGAAGGCCUCAUUGAGUUCUACAGCUCCUUCAAAGACAUGUUUGAGUUCUUCUGCAAGAACACCACCAUCCACGGGACUAUCCGCCUAGUGUGCUCAAGCAGCAACCGGAUGAAGACGGCUUUCUGGACCCUGCUCUUCCUCGCCAGCUUCGGGAUGCUCUAUUGGCAGUUUGCUCUUCUCUUCAGCCAAUACUGGACCUAUCCCGUCGUCAUGACCAUGUCCAUGCACUCAGAGCCCAAGAUGUUUCCAGCCAUUACUCUCUGCAAUCUGGACCCAUACAGGUUUGACCUAGUCAGUGAGAAACUGGCCCAGCUGGACCAAAUGACAGAGGAAGCAAUAGCUAAUUUGUAUGGCCACAAAACGUCAAUCGUUUCCUCCCGUUAUAAAAAGGAUAUCCGCGUGAAGGGAGGAUCUGCCAAUCUGAGCAGCUCCAGCUUUCAACUGAACCGCCACAUUUCACUGGUGAUGCUGAAGGGACCUGAUACUGGGUCCAAGAAGAAGCAUUUCAAAGUGGGCUUUAAAUUGUGCAAUGCCACAGGCGGAAAUUGUUUCUACAAGGCCUACUCGUCUGGGGUAGACACCAUUCAAGAGUGGUACAGGUUUCACUAUAUGAAUAUCAUGUCCCAGCUACCCCUUAUAAUCAACAUUUCUUCUCAUGAAGAGCACAUACAAAACUUGGUCUACUCUUGCCAGUAUGACGGGGAGCCCUGCAGAGAGAGCGACUACAUUCACUUUCACCACCAGGUCUAUGGAAGCUGCUACACUUUCAACAGCGAGGGGACAGACCUCUUCUGGAAAGCAACGAAACCUGGAAUUUCCUAUGGACUCUCCCUGAUUCUGAAAGCGGAUCAGAACGAUCGCCUCCCGCUGUUGUCUACGGUGGCAGGCGUGCAAGUGAUGAUCCACAACCACAAUCAGACGCCGUUCCUCGAGCAUGAGUGGUUCGACAUCAGACCGGGGAUCGUGACUAACAUCGGAAUCAGACAGGACGAGGUGCAUCGCUUGGGUGGGAAUUAUGGAAAAUGCACAGUUGACGGAGAAGAUGUGGAUGUAAAACUCCUGUACAACAGUUCCUACACACUGCAGGCUUGUUUGCAUUCCUGCUUCCAGGACAAAAUGGUUGAAAGGUGCGGCUGUGGAUACUAUUACUACCCACUGCCUCCUGGCGCCGAAUACUGUAACUACAACAAGCAUCCUGGAUGGGGGCACUGCUUCUAUCAGCUGUACAACAGGCUGGCCGAUCACCACCUCAGCUGUUUCGCCAAGUGUCCCAAACCCUGCUGGGAGUCGUGGUACAAGCUGUCUGCAGGGACCGCAAAAUGGCCCUCGACAAAGUCUCAGAUUCUGAGUCGGCAGAAGGGAUAUAAUUCUACCAACAACAGGAGAGAUAUCGCCAAGGUGAAUAUCUUCUACCAGCAAUUGAACUACCGGUCUGUGGAUGAAUCUCCAGUGUACACAGUGAAUUUGCUCUUGUCCAACAUGGGAAGUCAGUGGAGUCUGUGGUUUGGGUCCUCGGUGUUGUCCGUGGUUGAAAUGUUUGAGUUGCUCUUGGAUAUAAUGGUCUUGUCUCUCAUAUUCUGCUAUCGACGGGUCAAGGCAAAGAAGACGCUGAAGAUGGCCCAACCCCUUGCCAUCUCCAGUGUAAGCUUGACCCUAGAGAAUUAUAGAGCCGUGCAUGAGGACCUUGCUGCUGACUCGAAUUCCGCCCGGACUAACCAGAAUGUUGGGACUGUAGCCAAAACCAAGAAUGGCGACCUACCUUUCCACUCAAUUUGUAACAAGACACCGACACCAGAACUGAACCCAGAUGUUGUGCUUAAUGGAUUCCGGCAUAUCAAGGAUCACAGUGUAGAGAUAGACCUAAACAGCUAA